GUUUUUUUUUUUUUUGCUUCAGAUGUGUGACAUUAUCCUGUAAGGCUUCGCAUUAAUGCCUCCAGCUGAUGGGAGGAGUAAAACAAGACAACGAGCCUGAAAAACACGUUCUGCUGAAUUCUCCAACUUCCAGUCGGAGCAGCAGCAGGUCGGCGUCUCUCUGAGCUCUUCCUGCCUCUUCUGGUCCAGCUCGACUUGCUUUCUUUUUAUUUUUUUAACUUAGUUUUUUAUUCAGCCGGAAAAAAACAGCCUCGAGCCUGACAUGGAUGCAGCCCGGAGAGAGGAGCCCGUGAGCCCCCUGGAGAGGAGCGGCCACACGGCGUUCAUCCGCAACAACACGCUGUUUGUGUGGGGAGGUUACCAGGUAGUAGCAGGACAGGAUGUCGUGUUACCCAGCGAGGAGAUGUGGAUGUGUGAUCUGGACAGCGGGGCGUGGCAACAAAAAGAGAUUACUGGAGACGGUCCCACAGACUUGUCUGGUUUCUGCGGCUCUAAYAUUGAUGACAGGCUGUAUAUCUUUGGAGGAUGUGACUCUGCAGGAUACUCAAACCAGAUGUUCAGCACUGACGUUUCGCAGCCACGCUGCUCCUGGACGAGACUGAUGGACACGACGGGAACGACUCCUUCACCCCGAAACAAACACUCCUGCUGGGUGUACAGAGACAGAUUAAUCUACUUUGGUGGUUAUGGAUGCAAAACRAUAAUGGAGGUACGAAACCUGUCGUCGUCCAGCUUCAUCAUGGAUGACAUGUCCUGGACAACAAUUGGAGAAACUUUAUUUCGAUGCUGGGGGUGGAACAACGAGGUCCAUGUUUUCGAUACUCAGUCCUCCACGUGGAGCAAACCUGAGACUCAGGGUCCUGCUCCCGCUCCCAGAGGCUGCCAUGCCAGCGCCCUGCUGGGGAACAAAGGUUACGUCAGCGGCGGGGUGGAAACUGCAAAGCUCGACAUUUUCUGCUUGGACUUUGAGAGCUGGACUUGGACUCAAUUUGACCUCUGCCCCUCCUGUGCCCCUCUGGGCCGCUCCUUGCACACAAUGACCUCCACAUCGSAUGGAAACCUCUUCGUUUAUGGCGGCCUCGGAAUCGACGGAAACACUUUGACGGAUGCCUGGCAGUUUAACACACACAGACGAGAGUGGACGGAGGUAAAACACCCUCACAAAGACAAACCCAGGGCUUGUCACACUGCUUGCCUGGGGAAAGAUGACGAUAUUGUUGUGUUUGGGGGAACCAGCCAACUCUGCAUUCGCAUGGACACGGUGUCAGUUCUGAGGUCUCCGUCGCCAUWUCACUGCAGGGAUGUUUUAAUAUUUCAGACCCGGCCGUACUCUCUCUACAGACUGUGUGAGGAUUUCAUCGGCAGAAACUCUGAGCUCUUCAGGCUGCAGCUCAACUGGCUUCCAUCAAAACUCUGCGAUAAAAUCAGCAAAAGGGCUGAGUUUUUCUCCUCCAUGAAGCCGGUUCUUACAGCCUGAAGGAAUGUUUUUACAGCAACAAGAACCUGAGCCAGUUCUGCUUGUUUUUUSUAUUUGUGCUCAAAUAUCUUAAAAAAAAAAGUUGGUGCUAUGCUUACAUUAUUUUAACUUCAAAAUUUGUAAAUAAAGUUUUGUCAUUUAAAAAAGACUCUGUUUAGAUUAAGUUUUAGUAUGAUGUGAAUUCUGUUUUGAAUAAAGCUGAUAUUUCAUA